AUGGCAUCGCCAUUUACGGCUACCUUCGACGGAACAGCAAAAGACGCACUUGAAUUCUGGCACAUCCCAGGCGCAAGCUUCGCAGUCUUGCAUGGUGCAAACUCAUGGACAAGAGCCUACGGCAACGCAGAUCAAGAAUCCAAGACACCUACGACAUCGGAAACCCUCUUCUAUGCUGCCAGUACAACCAAGGCUCAUCUCUGUGCUGCUUGGGGCGUAUAUAUAGACUCGGACCUCAAUAGAGGUAGACCGAAGAAAGAUCAAGUUGAAUGGUCAACACCGCUCGUCGAGAUCAUUCGGGAGGACUUUGUCUUAGCGGAUUGUGUUCGUACCGCUCAAGUCACGCUAGAAGAUGCCUUGUCUCAUCGCACAGGUCUGCCGAGCCACGAGUUGAGCUACGGAUACGAUGGUGUGAAGGAGACGAAAUCCGUCACCCGCAAUUUACGAAAUCUGCCUUUGAGCAGCAGCGGUUUCAGGACCACGCUGGAGUAUUGCAAUACUCCCUUCAUCGCUGCCUCGCAUGCACUAGAAGUUCUUACCGAAAGACCGAUGGCAGCAUACUUGGACGAGAUGCUCUGGAAACCAUUGGGCAUGACUCAGAGCUUCCCUGGCUAUCCCAAAGCCGCAGAAGCUGUCAAGGAUCGAGGCAUGACUCUGGCCAAAGGUACUGUAUGGUCAAAAGCUCCGGGGUCGAAAGACGAACACGAAGGUCACCUGGUCGAGGAAGAGCACCAGGACUUUCCGGAAAUCUCUGGCGCAGGGUAUGUGAUUAGCAAUGCGAACGACUACAUCAGAUGGAUGCGAGCAUGGCUAGAACCUGGCUCCGGUCCACUGAGGCCGGCGCUCAUCAAAGAAGUCUGGACAUCCAGAACGAUUGCACCACCGGACGAUGCAGAAAUCGAGUGCAUCGAUGGCGUACUCGCGUACGGUCUUGGAUGGUACAUUAACAUGUACAGAGGUCGUAUAGUAUACUGGCAUCCGGGAGGCCUGAUAGGGGCGGGGAGUUAUAUCAUGUUGUGUCCUGACAUUCAUUGGGGUGUGACUCUUUUUGCCAACGGCGAAGGCGCGAGUCUGAAGAUUAAAGGUCUUGCAUUCGAGCUUUUGGAUGUUGCGCUGGGAAUAUCGGAGAAGGACAGGACGAUGCGAAUACGAUGUCAAGAUCGUGCUGUCAAGAUCUACGCAGAUUCAAGAGAGAGCCAGAAGAGGAGGAGGGAGGAGCUCUGCCCUGAUGUCCCCGCAGACCGUAAAAUUCCUUUGGCAGUGCCUCUGUCCGCCUACACUGGCCGAUUCAGCCACCCUGGUUAUGGUCCUCUCACAUUUACGGCAGUGCAUGUUACCGCGGAUCAAAAGGUCUUGCAUGUAGACCUGACAAGCCGUACAUGGAGGAACUUGCUCAUAUUUGAGCAUGCCAAUGCGGAACAUUGGCUCGUCGAGAAGCAGAUGGGACAGAGUCCGUUGCGGACGAUACUGCGCGCCGAGAGCAGGAUUGGAGUGGAUGGUACAGUGGUGGCCUGGGGUAUAGCGUUGGAGCCUUCGUUGCCGGAUACGUUGAUGUGGUUUGAUAAGAUCAGAAACUAG